ACUGGACGAUGUUAACCGUGCAGUUGCUUGCUCUUGGCAGUCAAACCUGUUGAAGUCCCCCAGGUGCACAAUAUGGGGCCCAUAUUUGUCUGCUAAAAGUAUGAGAAGUUGUAAGAGGAAGUUGUUCACUCAGUCAGGUCACUUUAAAAAACAAGCUCCUGAGUCAUGGGCAGAGCUGUUAUUUUGAGGAACUUUGAUCGGCCUGUGAGGCUCUGCUAUAAAGCAGCAUGUGAUUCUUUUGCUGUGUUUUUUCCCCUCUGCGGUAUGGAAGAAACAGGUGUGACGGCCAGUGUCACUGGAAUAAAUUUGACAGAAACCAGAGGAAAGAUUUUGUGGAGGCAUUUGCACCCCCAAAUGACAGGAAUCUCACACACUGCUCAUGUACUCUAAGAGGCCCUGCUUCACUCUGAGUGUAACAGAUGGACUCUUUGACCACUCCAUCUCUGUCUCCCUCACCGGGGUCUCGGCUCAGUGCAGAUGAGAUGAAGUUACUUGCUAAACUUGAGGAACAAAACAGGCUGCUAGAGACAGACAGUAAGUCUCUCUGCUCUGUAAACGGAGUCCUGGGAAGUCCCACCUCACCUAAAACCUUCUCUUUUGACGAUGACAUAUGGGGUCAAGUCAUUAAAGAAUGGGACGACUGGAGCAAAAGAAAAGUGGGACAGAUCAAGGUGCUGAUCAGGAAGGGUGUCCCCGCUCACCUGCGGCCCGUGGUGUGGCAGCUGCUGUGUGACGCUCAGAAUGUGGCUGUGUGUCAGCGCUACUCAGAUCUGCUGAAGAGCUCGUGUCCCUCUGAGACGCUGAUACACAGAGACCUGUCACGCAUCCUCCCACAACACCAGCUCUUUCAGAAGCACCAGGACGCCACCUGCCAGGAGCCACUGCUUAAUGUGCUGAAGGCUUACUCAGUCUUAGACCGAGAGAUUGGCUACUGCCAGGGAAGUGUGUUUAUUGUAGGCCUGCUGCUCACACAGAUGGCUGAAGAGGAGGCCUUCUGUGUUUUUGUGAGGCUGAUGAAGGACUUCAGAAUGAGGGAGCUCUAUAGAUCCAGUAUGGUUGAGCUCGGCUGCUGCAUUUACCAGUUUGACUCUAUGAUUCAGGAGCAGCUUCCUGAGCUUCAUUCCCACUUCCAGACUCAGGGUUUUCACACCUCCAUGUUCUCCUCAUCCUGGUUUCUCAACAUCCUCCUUUCAUCUCUGCCUAUCACAGCUGCCAUGAGGACUUUUGAUAUCUUCAUGUGUGAGGGUUUGGAGAUUGUCUUCCGGAUUGGUUUGGCUGUGCUUCACAUGAAGCAGACAGAACUCAUCAAGCUUGAUAUAGAAGGAAUGAUGAACUGCUUGCAGAAUCUAGAAUCAUGGGAAUCAGAUCCUGAUGGGAUGAUUGAAGCAGCAUAUCAAAUCAAUUAUAACCCCAGCAGAAUGAAACAACUGAGAAAAGAGUACACAUCUAUCAAAACUAAAGAGAUGGAGGAGCAGGAGGAACUAAAUGGACUUUCCUCAGAGAACAAACAUUUAAAGCAUAGACUUGACAUUCUGGAGAAGAGGUGCUCUGAGAAACUGGUGUCACAGCUGAAGAAAGAGCUGGAGAAAUCUCUGCUAAAUGCAGCCAGGUCACAAAACGCUUUAAAGGAGAUGCAGGCGAACAUCUUGCAGAUAGAAGAGAGCAGCGCUGUGCCUGAUGAGGACAGUGUGAUGUAUCUGCAGACGGAGCUGAUCAGCUGUAGACUGCGGGAAGCAGUGGCACUCACAGAGCUGAAAGAGCUGAAACAGCACAUUAAAGACAUGCAAAAGAAAUUGCAGAGGCAGCAGGUGCAUGGUUCAGGUCAGCAGAAGGUCAGCAGUGCACAGAAUGACCUGCAGGUGGAGCUGUUGAGCACAAGACUGAAGGAAGCGCUCACUCAGGCCGCGCUCAAAGAGAACCGCCACAGACUGCUGCAGCUGCAGACAGAGAACAAAAUUCACAGUAACCAGCUAAAGCGUACUGAAGCGCACAUAAACAGUCAGCGGGAUCAUCUACAGGAGUUGACAUCACUGAACCAAGACCUGUGCAGCCAAUUACAACAGAGCAGACAACAGUUUUCGGCUGUUCAAUACAAGCGAAAAGAAAAGCAGGACGAGAACAUGACAAUCAUCGCAAGUCUUCAAAAGCAGAUCACAGAGUUACAAAAUCAACAGAAGAAAGAAAUUCAUACAGUUGUGGAAAAACUUGAGGAUUCAGAGCCUCUCCAAGUGUACUACAUCAUUUUCUCAAUCCACACUGAAGCCUUCCACACCCGCCUCUCUGGAGAACAAUGAUACCUAAAAAUGGACAGCUGCCCUAACAUCCCGUCAACCUGUCUCCAGAAGCACUGAGACACUGAAGAUGUUCUAUUAAGAGUGCGACCCACAGCUGCAGUGUAUAUGAGAGAGUCUUCACAGCACCAGCUGUUAAUAAUGCUGCAACACAUUAAGUGUCAUGAGCAGAGACACGCUGUGACAGUUUUGCCAUCAACACUUAAAAGUGACAACAAGAUUUCACAUUCUUAAAAAAAAGAAGAAAAAAAACUAAUGUUAAAUACACUCGUGAACAUCACACAGCACUUUCAAGAACUGUGACACAGUAAAAGAGGAUUUAGUCAUUUACACCUUGUCAGCAAUGUACAUCUUACUAUGGAUACUGGUACCGAAAAUCCUACUGAUUGAACAACACUGAUUUUAGUCGAAUAAAUCUGUAUUUGAGCAUUUAGGCCUUGUAUAAUAUGAAUAAACUGCAAUAAAAUAGUAAUAAAUUGCA